ACAAAGACGUAGCAUUUUUAGUAACGAUUUCACCGAACGGACGAGGACGGUUAAUUAGGUAGAUACUUUUCGCUGUGUGGUCUCCUUCAGUUAUGUGCUAAUUAAGCGGGAGUUACGUGCUGCAGACAGCAAUACUCGGCUACGUCGCUACGCCUACGACGCCGGGAUUAUCGACGGGGCCCGAUUCUAAUGUCCGGCCAGCGGAACACCUCGCAGCAGCUAUUGUCCGGUACUCUUGCGUCGCCCGGACGGCGACAAAAAUGCGAUCCUUGUCGCACCUCCUCCCAGUGGGGAGGACUUUCGCGACUGAUCGAUCGGUCCCUCGCUCCCUCGGACAGACCCCUCCGCUGUCCAAUCGAUGCCGCUGGAAGCAGAUCGCGCAAAAGGAAAUUUGGUUUCCUGAGAGUUAGCCCAUGUGGACUGGAACGUGGCCUGCCUGGCUGUAGAAGAUGUGGCAUGACAAAACACAGGAAUCUGAGGGGAGGCAAAACUGAAGGGGAAAGGUGCUCCACAAAGAAAAGGUAAGUAGAAAAGACAGAAAGAUACAGCAUUCCACUUGCUUAUAUGCUAGCACAACUGUAGCCUGCAGACCUGUAGACACAGUUUUAAAACUAAGUGAAAUAGUUAUAACGGUGAGUGCAUACUUUUGUUUUAUAUCCUACACAUACCGCGAAAGUUUGCUGCUUAUACACACUGACGCCCAAAAGUCAU